CGCGUGAACACACCCUCCGGAAGUUACGUUCAUCCUCUGCGGCACCAACGUGAAAACUGUGAAGAUUGUCUCUCAGACGUUGGCAUCCAGAGAGGUGUGCAAUCAUGUGGCCCGUAGUUUGGACAGCCAUGCGGACCUAUGCACCGUACAUCACCUUCCCCGUGGCCUUCGUUGUCGGAGCGGUGGGCUACCACCUGGAGUGGUUCAUCAGGGGGACGCCCAAACCCCGCGAGGAGAAGAGCAUUCUUGAGCUGAGGGAGGAGAGGACACUGAAGGAACAAGCCGGGAUGGACGGCACUCAGGUGCUCAGUCUCAAAGACAAAAUGGAGUUCACUCCCAAAGCGGCUCUCAACAGGAACCGGCCUGAAAAGAGCUAACCCCAUCCUUCCAACAGGGAGCCUUUUUUUAUGAGGAAGACAAGAAAAUGGAUCCUCACAGCCAUAUAUCCUCACAGCUGGGCUUCUAUAAGCCCGCAGCUCACUGCACCUUGGAUAUACUGUAACAAUCAAGAAGCACAAGCGUGUGUACAUAAUAUUGGUGUUUUCUUCUGUUUUCCACACUACACUCAGAGCUACACAAAAUGUGACGAAAAAGGACUGAUUCUUAAGCUGCUGUACAGGAUCAAAACAGUCAUGAGGUCUUUGAUGGUAUGCAGCCGUCAGUGUGGGAGGUCUAGUGAUGUAGCCUAAUCAGCUUUAGUCCCGUUAUGGUGUGGAACAAUGUCAGCGCUUUCAUUUUAGAAAGUUAUAAGCAAAAAGCCAAAUCAAAUUGGUCAAAGCGAGCUGGUGAGCGUUAAUCAUUGUGACUCCAGUCUGUCGUGACUAUUGUUCAAAAUGAACUGAGCUUCAAAGUGACAGGAAGGAAGCCACGAUGGCUCAUUCAGCCUCAGGGAGGAAAGUCUGGAGUCUCAAGGGGAGCGCAAAAGACAAAAUAAUGCUGAAGGAGGAAGUGGCUGACACAUUCAUGCAAGAAAUGUAAGGAGAAGACAUGGGGGCGGCGGUGAAGCUGGACGAGUCAUGGAGAGGAAGUUAAGAAGGAGCGUGUCCUUCUGGGAACAAUUAGAGGACAGGGAUCUUUUUAAAGAGGUCCAGUCCAACAUCCUGAGCGGACAGUCUGGAUAGUGCUGCAGGAACAAUGCUGCUGCUGGAAGGCCACCACAUCCCAGAAUAAACACUCUCACAUAGGAUGCAGAAAUGCAGGUACACACCUAAACGCUGACUGGAUAUAAACACAUCAUGCCUCCGCCAGCAAAGUUGGCUGUCAGUCAGUCUGAGCUUGUCCAAGCAACAGCAGUAAUGUCAGUGUGACCCAAAGUGCACACAUGACAACCGAAAUCUGCCUUUUCUGUGAUGAUACCAACUUUUCUUGUUCUUAUUCUGCAUAUAACGUCGGUGCACGUUUCUGCCGUAUCAGAAAACAUUCAGCUCACCAAACACGAAAUAAGUCAUCAUAAAUGUAACAAAGUCGUACAUUGGUACACUGGAACAGACACACUGCAGUACGUUUACGCAACACAGCUCUUUUAUAAGACCUAUUUGAGGGCCUAUUGCAAAAAGCGCUAGUCAAAGAUCCUCUAUAUGAGAAGAGCGCUUUGGCAUUUUUAAGAAUCUGCUGCAAAAAUGUUAGCAGCUCCCAAACUGAACUUUUGGGUGAGUCUGAUGAGGCCCGUGGAGCACGAGUUGAAUGUCCUUGCAGUGUGUUGUUGUAUUAUUGCGGUGCAUCGUUGUCCUCCUGGCUUUUGACGGGCAGCGAGGAACAAUGCCCGUUCCACCCCCCACCUCCCCCAUUGUCAGGGUGAACAAUCCUCACGCACGCCAGUCUCUGGGGGAGAAACAAUACUGGAAGGGGAAACGGCUCCAGAGCCACUUCCUGUCCAGAAUCUAAAUUUAGGAAAGUUUUGUUUUGUUGAGAAGGAAAAUGCCCAAAUUGAGGACGGGGUGCUGCUGUAAGACACGCUCCAACACAGCAUCAUUCCUGCCCAAUAAAAGCUUAUCAGCAUACUUCUGCUAGCGCUGCCUGGCAUGCGAAUGUUUUCAUUACACUCAUGUUGUUCAUUCCCAACUUCUUGCGUGUUUAUGCACCCUUAUUAAAAUGAUUUAUGCAACAGGAGGUCAGACAUUUAA